AUGGCCUUACAAGGAGCUUCUUCCUCGCUCUCUUCUGCUUCAACUUCUUCCAUCCAUCCGUGGACUCACGAUGUAUUCUUGAGUUUUAGAGGUAAAGAUGUUCGCCAAAAAUUUAUUUCUCAUCUAUAUAAUGCUUUGGUUAAAAGGGGAAUCAACACUUACAUGGAUGACGAGCUCGAAAGAGGAGAGGAAGUUUCGCAAGCACUUUUCCAAGCUAUCGAAGGAUCAAUGAUUUCCAUCAUUGUACUCUCUAAAAACUAUGCAGAAUCAACAUGGUGUUUGAACGAAUUGUUGAAGAUCCUUGAGUGUAUGGAUACAAUAAAACAAAUUGUUCUACCAGUAUUUUAUGACGUAGAUCCAUCAGAUGUAAGACAUCAAAAAGAAAGUUUUGGAGUAGCAUUCGCUAAACUUAAAGACAAGUUCAAGGGCAAGGUAGAAGUGCAGAAGUGGGAGGCAGCAUUAGAAGAAUUAGCCAAUAUGGCAGGGUUCGAAUUAAAGAAUUACUGGAAAGAGUCAGAAUUUAUCCAGGAAAUCAUUCAGUGGGUGGACUUAAGAAUGGUAAAUCAGACACCUCUAAGUGUUGCCAAGUAUCCAAUUGGGAUAGAGUCUCGUAUACGACAUAUUUAUCGGUAUUUAAAUAUUGGAAUGAAUGAUAUUAUAUGCAUUGUAGGGAUAUUUGGGACUGGUGGAAUUGGAAAGACAACUAUUUCAAAAGAUAUCUACAAUCGGGUUUUUCCUCAAUUUGAAGGAAGUUGUUUCUUGAAAGAUGUUAGAGAAACUUCAAAACAGGCAGGAGGUCUAAUUAAGCUGCAAAAUACCCUUCUUUACGAUAUUUUAGGAACAAGUUUGGAUGUUCAUGAUAUUGACAAAGGCAUCAAUGUGAUUAGGCAUAGACUUUGCUCUAAAAGAGUUCUAUUAAUUCUUGAUGAUGUCGAUGAGUUGGUUCAAAUAGAAAAUUUAGCUGGAGAUCGUGAUUGGUUUGGCUCAGGAAGUAGAAUCAUCAUAACGACAAGAGAUCAAUGUUUACUCGAUAACUCUAAAGUUGAUUCAAAGCACGAGGUGAUGAUUUUGGAUGAUAAUGAAGCUCUUCAACUCUUUAGCUUGCAUGCUUUCGAGGAAAAAGAACCACUGAAGGAUUAUAUGGACCUAUCCAAACAAGUAAUAAAAUAUGCUCAAGGUCUUCCACUAGCUUUAACAGUAUUAGGUUCGGAUCUAAAAGUUCAAAGUAUACAUCAAUGGAGAAGUGCAUUGAAUAAAUAUAAAAGCAUUCCCAACAGUAAUAUUCACAAAGUACUCUUAGUGAGUUAUGAAGGUUUGGAUGAUACUGAGAGGGAAAUAUUCCUUGAUAUUGCAUUUUUCUUCAAAGGAGAAUCUUUGGCUAAUGUCAUUAAAAUAUUUGAUUGUUGUGGUUUUUUUCCUGUUCAUGGAAUCAAGAGGCUUAUAGACAAGUGUCUUAUUACCAUUGAAGGGCGUAACGAAUAUAUUUGGAUGCAUGACUUGGUACAAGAUAUGGGACGGGAAGUUGUUCGACUAGAAUCACCCAAUGAACCUUGUAAACGCAGUAGACUUUGGUUUCAUGAGGAUAUCCGUGAAGUGUUGGAAGAAAGUAUGGGGCCAAACAAAAUUGAAGGCAUGCUAGUAGAUUUACCUGAAUGCGAUAAGGAGAUAAGCUUGCAUCCCGAAGCAUUUCGACAUAUGAAAAGACUUAGAGUCUUUAUAAAUCGUAAUGCACGUUUUUCUUGUGCACCCAAUUAUCUCUCCGACAAGUUAAGCGUACUCGAUUGGUCAAAAUAUCCUGUAGAGUCUUUGCCACGUAAUUUCCAAGGGAAGAAACUGGUUAUUUUGAGAAUGCGUGAUAGCUUCGUAAAGGAUUUAGGGGAUGGAUUCAAGCCCAAGAUUCCAGAUCUUUCAAGCAUCUCAAAUUUGAAGGAAUUGACUGUUCAAGAUUGUAUAAAAUUAGUUGAGGUGCAUGAUUCCGUUGGAUCUUUGGAAAAUCUUUCUAAGUUGGAUUUUUGUGGAUGCUCUAAACUCCAAAUCCUUCCAAGAAGCCUCAAUUUGAGAUCUUUACGCUGGCUUCUUCUUGCUGAUUGCUCAAGCCUUCGUUAUCUUCCUGAAAUUGAGUGUAAAAUGGAAUGUUUAACUCGAUUGACUCUAGAUGGCACCGCAAUAGAAGAACUACCUUUAUCCAUCAAGAACCUAGUUGGACUUGAGGAAUUAUAUCUAUGGGAUUGCAAAAACCUUAUACGUCUCCCAAUUGCAUGCAUUCAGUUGCAACAUUUAUGGCGGCUUGACAUUGGUGGUAAUUGUCCAAAUAUUGUAGAGAAGAAGAGAGAUGAUGGGCUAUCCCUUCUGGCUAUUGAGUCUGCAAAAAUGGAAGAAGAGAUAUCAUUACGUGAAGAACGACUACAUGAAUUGGCUCCUCCAACAAAUUCAAGCAAUGGGAGCACUGCAUUACAAUUGUUGAAUCUUCAAAGCUGUUUCCAGUUAGAAACAAAUUUCUUUCCAAUAUCUAGUUUAUUUACCAUGUUUAACUACUCCACCAGUUUGCUUUGUUUAAAUCUAUCAAACACUGAAAUUGUUAGUCUUCCCAUGAGCAUCAAAGGAUUCAUUAAACUAAUUGAUCUUGACUUGAGAUUUUGUCGUAAACUUGAAGAAAUACCAAAGCUUCCACCAAAUAUAAGACAAGUAGAUGUUACGGGAUGUGAGUCAUUAGAAAUAUUUCCGGAAGUAUCAAAAAUAUUGGAAUUCAAUGGAAGCCACAUCAGAUCGCUAGGAAGAAUUGAUUUGGACAACUGCUACAAAAUGCAUGAGAAUAUAUGGAAUGAUAAAGUGCAAAAUCCUUUAUUAUGGAAGGGAGUCUAUGAAUAUGAUGCUACUUUGUUUCCAGAAAAUCAGAUUCCAGAGUGGUUGAGUUAUAUUCAUGAGUUUUUAAAAGAUAGUGAAAUGGUGAAAGAGACUAAUGAUUAUGUCAGACCGAGGGGAGAAGAAGAGUGGGUAAUAGAUAUCGAGGGGCCGCACUAUUUGGAGGAGAUAAACGGAAUUGUAUUAUAUGUUGUAAUAUUUUUUAAAGAUGCUACAGGCUGGAAGAGUGAUAUUGGUGGUGCUAAGAUAACUAGUAAUAGCUCAAAUCAUAUAUGUUGUAUUCAAGAAGGGGUACAAUUGGUUAAUAUGGAUUGGUACAAAAAGGGAAAUAGGACUGGAUAUGAUGUAUGGGUGGGCAAGCAAACUGUGUAUGGAGAGAUGCAUGCACAUGAGGAAAUUGAAUCAAACAUUGGAGCCUUACCACCCACCAUUGAUGCUACAAUGAUGCUGAGCUCCAUCUUGCAUUUGACUGAGAACAAGAACACUUCAGAAACCUUUCAGUCGGCAUUAUAUUUCCGGGGAAUAGGAUUCCAAACUAGUUUACCCAUAGGAAGCAAAAUUCCAGAAAUUGGAUUCCAUAAUGAUUCAGCCAUCGUGAGGUCCAGAAAAGUGGAUUCUAGAUUUUAA